AACGAUAUCAGCAAUGCCUCCACUGCUUUCAACACUAUACAGUUUGCUGAUGACUCCACCUUGUACAUGAUUGGUGAUAAUCCCACUGACCUAAUCUACAGAGCCAACCUAGAAUUAUCUGCCUUUUCUGAAUGGUGUCUUGCAAAUCGCCUAACAAUUAACACAGCUAAAACUUUCUACAUGUUAUUUACAAAUACCACCACCAAAUACCAACCCUUACCUAGACUUACCAUAUUAGAUAAAGAUAUCACGCAAGUUUCUAAGACAAAAUUUCUUGGAGUCACAUUUGACAAUAAUCUUACCUUUAAAUAUCACAUAUCAAACCUUUGCCUAAAAUUAUCUAGAUCAAUAGCUCUAUUGCUGAAAAUAAAAAACUUUGUUCCAGUGGAAAUUAUGAAAAUCAUGUAUUAUGCCCAUAUAUACCCACACUUAACCUACUGUAAUCCAAUUUGGUCCACUACCUACCCAUGUCAUCUACAAAAUCUAAACAUCCUCCACAAGAAAAUUAUUAGAAUCAUGACUAAUAGUGACUUCCUCCAACACACACCUCCACUCUUUAAAUCUAUGAAAAUCCUUCAACUCUCUGACUUAUCAAACUUCUCUAUUGCAUCAUACAUGUUCAAAUUGAUAAAUUCCAACAACAACAAUACCCUGACCCUAACUCAUAACCACUCCACACGCUACAGGCAUUCUCUACAGAUUCCCCAUCAUACCUUAACUCUCUACCAACACUCUCUAAUGUAUAAAGCUCCCAAAAUAUGGAAUAGCACCCUGUCACAUAUAAAAAAUUCAUUAAGCGUAAAUAUCUUUAAGAGAAAACUAAAAGAAUAUUUAUUGUCUCAAUACUGACACAUCUUGUACUUCAAUCAAUUUUUAUCAAUAUCUAUUAUUUUGUUUCUUGGUAUUGUAACCAAAUAGUUCAUAUCCUCUGUAACUAAAAUAGUUUAUAUCCUCUAGUAUAUAUACAUAUUUAUUUCUGUUUGUUUAAUUAUUCUCAAAACAAAUAUUUGCUUGUUUAUAAUCAGAUUCCACUUCAAUUUUCUCUAUUUCUCAUGUAUAAUUAUGAUUUUUCUCCUUUCCUUCCUGUUCUUGCAAAGCCAUUUAUCCCUAAAUCUUUUGUUAUUGCUAUUUAUUUAUUUAUAUAUAUUUUCUUUUUUUACAUUUUCUUCAAUUAGAUUUUUAGUUUAGUGUUGUUUUACAUUUCAGUAUUAAGUAGAUAUUAAGUGUGCCCAAAAAGCUUGUGCUUCAUAACGGGCUGUUUGUCUUUCAGUUAAUUGUACCUUAAGCUUAUAUAUGUACUACAGACAAACAUAAUAAAGUGUUUAAAGUGUUUAAAGUGUUUAAAAGUGAGAGAGAGAAAGAGAGGAGGGACCGCGCACUUUGCUGUGCUCCCAGCCCAAGGCAAGCAGGCACGUGCCCACACACUGCCACACUGCCUGCACGCCCACAGGCAGCAGACGAGCCGCAAGGUGCCAGGACUCCCUCCGUGCAUCCCUCCUGCAGCCCCAGGCUUCCUGCAGGACCGGACGCAGCCAGGAGCAGCGUUGCAAUGGAGGGUGCAAGGCCAGGAAACAGCAGCAGCAGCAGCAGCAGCAGCAGCAGGAACAGGCUGGAGCAGCGGGCGACCCAGGGCGUGAGGACCUACACUUGUGACCACUGCGGCAAAGUGUGCUCCACCAAGGCUGCCAUUGCCAGACACGUCCUCUCCCAUGCCAGCAAGACAAGGCUGAGAGGCAGGAGUGGCCCCGCUGAACACACUGCCACCCACACUGGUGGCAGGAACCACAAGUGUGACCUCUGCGGGAAGACAUUUGUCCGGAAGAGUCAUCUUGCCUCACACAUCCUCACCCACACUGGGGAGAGAAAGUUCCAGUGCCUGGAGUGUGGGAAAAAAUUUAUCCAGAAAGGUGAUCUUGACAGACACAUCCUCAUCCACACUGGGGAGAGAAAGUUCCAGUGCCUGGAGUGUGGGAAAAAAUUUGCCCACAAAAGUCAUCUUAACACACACAUCCUCACCCACACUGGGGAGAGAAAGUUCCAGUGCCUGGAGUGUGGGAAAAGAUUUACCCGCAAAAGUCAUCUUAACAGACACAUCCUCACCCACACUGGGGAGAGAAAGUUCCAGUGCCUGGAGUGUGGGAAAAGAUUUACCCACAAAAGUCAUCUCAACACACACAUCCUCACCCACACUGGGGAGAGAAAGUUCCAGUGCCUGGAGUGUGGGAAAAGAUUUACCCAGAAGGGUUCCCUUGACAGACACAUCCUCACCCACACUGGGGAGAGAAAGUUCCAGUGCCUGGAGUGUGGGAAAAGAUUUACCCUGAAGGGUUCCCUUGACAGACACAUCCUCACCCACACUGGGGAGAGAAAGUUCCAGUGCCUGGAGUGUGGGAAAAGAUUUACCCUGAAGGAUUCCCUUGACAGACACAUCCUCACCCACACUGGAAAGAAGAAGAGAAAACAGCCAAAAUUAUAGCUGUUGCAGUUUGUUUGUUUUUCCAGGCCCUGCCACCACCACCGCCACCACCAGCAGCAGCAGCAGCAGCAGCACAGCCACAGGAGGGGGAGGAGAAGGCCCUGCUGGCACCCAACCCCCCCACCAUCCCAGGACACUCUUCCUGCUGUGGAGAGAUCAGAUUGUUCCACUGAGUACACCUCCAGGUACCUGACGGACUUUGAGCCGGUGCAGCGUCUGGCGCGGGGCGGGCUUGGCGUGGUGUGUCAGGUGCGGAACAAGUUGGAUGAGAAUGAGUAUGCCGUGAAGAGGAUCAACCUGCCAACCAACAAGUCAUCUGCUGAGAGAGUGAAGAGGGAGGUGAGGGCCCUGGCUAAGUUCAACCACGCCAACAUUGUCGUCCGCUGCUACAACAGCUGGCCGGAGACGCCCCCCCAGGAUGGCAGGACCCCCAAGACGCUGUGCACAGCCAGCAAGUCUCCUGUGUUUGUGUGCGUAUUUACUUAGCGGUGACACACAGGAGAGGAGGUAAUUUCCUACUGUCCUGUCUUCAUAACCGUUCUUAUCCAACAGAGUGCAAAGCCUUGAAUGCCGAACCACCAGCACGCAGGGGAACACCGCAGUGGAUUGUUAAACGGUCAUUUACUGUGUCUUUCCAUAGUCCUGCUUGUUUCUGUCUCUCUGUGUCUCUGGUUUUGGUGUCUCCCUCCCAAACAUUAUUUUCACAACAAGCCACAAACCAACAUCCCUUGAUUAACACUUAGAUACCUUAACUUAACUCACCCACAAAACUCCCACAAACUGACUAACUUGUUUUUUGUUUAUUGUUUGUUUGUUUAUUUUAUUUAUUUUAUUGAUGUAUUUUUUAUUUGAAAGUAGCCAUAUUCUUAAGGUUUUUAUGGUUCUGUUUAUUAUUGUUUGGGCUGUCCUGUGUUUGUGAUUGCUGGACUCAUAUAGAAAUGGGUAGUUUUAUUAUUAUUAUUAUUUAUUUAUUUAUUUAUUUAUUUAUUUAUUUAUUUUUCUGUAUUAUUUUUGAUGUUUUUAUUAUUUUGUUGUUUAUUUUUGUGUUAUUUAUUUAGCCUGCCUGGCAUACAGUUAGAUUGAGUGUUAUUUUGUUGUUUAUUUGUUUAUAUUGUUUUAUUUUAUUUAGUAUUUGUUUAGUUAAUGAUUUAGUGUUAUUGGUGUUUUUUGUGUUUAUUUGUGUAUGCAGUUUUAUUUACAGCUAUUUAUUGAUUUAUUUUUAUUGAUGUAUUUGUUUUUAGUUUAGAGUCUGGCCAACAAUUACUAUUUCUAUAUGAUUACUUUUCAUAUUAAGGAGACUGGCCAAGGCAAAACACCCUUUGUACUGUGCAACUCCUGAAACAAAAGAGGAGAAAAAUGAUUGAAGUUCCUGAGGUGUCUAAUACUCCUCUUUUGAGACAGGCAGCAGAGUCCCAGAGUGCACCAGUGAAGGGGUGAAACAAUGACAAUACUGCCUGGCUCUUGCACUAGUGAGGUGGACAGAAUAGGGAUGAGAAUAAAGAGAAAUUGUCAUAGGAAAUACAAACUGGCAGACUUUAGAGUGUAACAGUGAAGGGGUUGAAAAAGUGGAGGUACUGUUUAGCUCUUGCACUAGUGGGGUGGACAGAAUAGGAGAGGAUUCUUAAAAGUUUGGCAUUGUUAGCUUGAAAGAUUAUACUUGAAAGAUUAUUUAUUACAUGUUGAAAGGACAGAAUAAGGAUGAAAAUAUAUAGAAAGUCUUGUGAAGAUACUGGUUAACUCUUGUACUAGUGAGGUAGACAGAAUAGGAGGCCAUUCUAACAAGUUUGCCAGUGUUAGUUUGAAAGGCAAUACUUAAAAAAAAGACUUAUUACAUAUUUAAAGGACAGAAUAGGGGUGAAAAUAAAUGAGAAGAAGUAGAAAGUCUUGUUACCAGGGGGACAUGAGAAAAAUUUUGGCAGUGUUAAUGUGUUUGUUACCGACUUUUUUCACCUCGCAUCACCUCUGUCUCUCUCCUGAACCUCUAAAAAAAUAUGUAGAAUGCAUUUAGACAAGUUAGGAAGGAGGUUAAGAGAGAGAGGUGAGAUGAAGUGAGAAUAUUCCUAUGUAUUUUCUGUCAUAACACCUCAUAUCACCUUUUCUCUCCCCUGAACCUCUAAAAAUAUCAACAGUGAGACAUUUAGACAAGUUAGGGAGGUGAAGAGAGAGAGAGAGGUGAGAUGAAGUGACAUUAUUCCUGUCUCUCUCCCAGCUUAAACUUUCAAAAAUAUUUAUAAUGAGAAAUGUAGACAAGUUAGAGAGGUGUAGAGAGAUAGAGGUGAGAUGAAGUGACAUUAUUGUUUUGUUUCUUGCCUAACACCUUUCUCUCUCUCCUUCUCUUGGCCUCUGCCUCCUCAAAAAGAGCCUAUAUUAAUGAACUGGUGAUGCCACAUGCCUAUAAUACCUUGUAACAACAUUUCAUCAUAAAAUCUGCCAACGCUGGUUCAAUUAUAAUCAUUGUCAUUGCUCAUGUUAAGCUUAUUAUUAUUAUUAUUAUUAUUAUUAUUAUUAUUAUUAUUAUUAUUAUUAUUAUUAUUAUUAUUAUUAUUAUUACUAUUAUUAUUAUCAUGUCAUGCAUUAGUGUUUUCAUUUGUUUCCUGCGCCGUCAUUGGUGCAGGAAAUAUCAUGAUGUUUUGGUUGCAAGAGUCCAUGUAUAUAUAGAUUGAGCCAUCGUAUUCAUGUUUAUCAUUGUGUGGUGUUGUAAAUAUACUUUAUCUGUAAAUAAAAAAUGUAUCCUAU